AUGGCGGGUAUCGAUGCGAGUCGCGAUGUCCGCAUGGCUACGCUGGUAGGACGACGCGCAGAGCUGCAAAAGCUUUCAGGUGCAGAAAACGAGUGGAAGCUUUAUCGUACACUGUGCCAGUUUAGGCUGGGAUACUUUUCGUUUUUGGUGCUCAUGUGCAUCCUGAUGUUCAGUGUCACGUUUCUAAUGGAAUUUUUUUUCGCUAUUUAUCUUCCCAGCGCACGAAUGGACCCGUUCUUUACAAUACGAGCCAUCGUACUCUUGGCUGUUCUGCCUUUCGUCCUUAUCUUUCUGUCCUACUGCUUUGAAGAGUCCAGUCGUCUAUUUCUUGAUGCUAUUAACACGAAGGAGGGAUGUCUGGCCAAUUUUCGCUUAUCGCUUUCUGUCUGCAUUCAUUUCUUGCGCCACCGGCAAAAUAUGCCCAACGAUCGUUUGGAGAACGAAAGAUUCAAUAAAUUUAGGUGUACUGAUGAGGACCAAGAAGCAUGGGCGCGCUUUGUUGGCUGGAUUACAACUGGACCGAAAUAUUUGCUGAGUACAAUUCAUACAGAUGAUCCUUUUGAUGAUGAAAACAAGGAAUUUGAGGACGAGAAGAGACAUGAUCUAGAGCUACAAUUCCAGAGUCAGCAAAGUCAAGAAUCGGGCUACAAUCAUAACGACCGUUUACUGCGUUACAGAAGUAGUAGCAGCACAAACAGUAGCGAGGAAAAUUUACCUUCAGCUCGGUGGAAACGACUUUUUCAAGUUGCAAGCACGACAGUAAAGUUCAAUGCUACUCAAUUUGAUGGCCCUCCACUAGAUUUUUCCACGCUUGUUAUUACAGAUUUAAUUUGCCCAUUCGUUUUUGAGGUGAUCACGAUAUGGACUUUUGUGGUCUCAUCAAUGGCUAAUAUGUCGUUGUUGGAAGCGUUUACAGACUAUAUUCAAUGUGGCUUCUAUAUACAGGCGAUAUACUUGAUCGUUUGGAUGGUCUGCCAUUUUUGUAGCGCACGUAAUCGCAAAAUGAGAGAGUUUGUCAGUAACUACAGACGCCGAUAUCGUGAUAUGCAGCGUGAACUUCUUGAGAUAGAAAAUCAAAAGCGGGCAGAACAUCUUUGGUUGGUAACGAUUGGGUUUCGUGGUGUGGAACAAAUCCAGACCAUCUUCUUUUCGUUUGUGGCUGCACUCUUCAAUUUUAGAAGUCUUAUGCGAAAAGAUCAUUCUAAUUUGGCGUUAGCGUCAGGAACAGGUAAUGAGACGCAAGUAUUACACUGUGGUGACACAGUGUAUUAUACGAAAGCUAGUAAGGAUGCUGCAGUAUUCACAGAUGAAACAGGCGAUUCAGUGAUCGAUGCAAACGAGACUCAAGUAGCGUUGGAAGGCAAACAGCGCAUUCACAAAAUUGGCGGCCGACUUAAUAAAUUAAAUCUUUGGUCAAAAUUUUCUUACGACCGCCGGCUUCGGAUCUUAUGCCCAGCCGUCAUUUUAAGCGCAAUAGUCUCGUUCUACGCAUUUUAUGUAGGCUGGAGUAUCAUGGGAUUUUGCCUUAUUCUGCUCGGUGAUACAAUUCAAGCUAAAUUUCCGCAGAUCUUUGGACUUACAUUCAAAUUAUUCAUAACUUUCUUCGUCGUUUUAUCCUUCGUGUUCUUCUCGUCCACAUGGGCAGUUGGAACAUUCGUUCAAGGGGGCGAUUUCUUUGUGUAUCCACCAACUUCAAAGUCUCUUGUUGCCCCAGCAACUCAACUAGUUACAAUGUUAAAAAAGCCCAUGCAUUGGACAAAAGUUGCACAGUAUCCUAAGUUCAAGUCAAGUCAUUCUCUCAACGUUUCAACGGCACGCAGCUCGGUGAUUGGAAGUACGUUUCACCCGUUCGAGGAACCGCUACCGCCACUGACGCUUUGGAAGAUCUUCACUACUGGUUCGGUUGAAUUUGUAGUGAAGAUGCUCUCUAUGAAUUUUAUUCGAGCUAUUAUGCCUCCUCCAGUGUAUUCGGAGCUACUCGACCACGUGACCUUAGUUCGCAAACGUGUAGGGAGUGACCGUCUUGUGCUCACUGGUCACAGUCUUGGUGGUGCAAUGGCAGCCAUGGUUGGUGCUAAGACGCACACUCCGGCCAUAUCAUUCUCCGGCCCUGGAUUGUUAUUAUCACGUGGACGCUUUGAUGUGGACGAUAAUUCUAUCCGCGACUUCGUGAUGACUGUGAAGCCUCGACGCGACAUCGUUCCACAGGUGGACGAGCUCGGUGGCAUGGUUCAAGAGAUCGAAUGCAGGCGAAACAACCCUUUUGCAUGCCAUAGCACCGUAACACAUAUGUGCGAGCUCUACGCUGCAUGCGGUGACAAGCGCAAGCGUGACUGGUCAGGUGCUACCCAAUGCAACGAGUAUUUUUAUGGCAAUUAA